UCUGGAGGGAAAUAGCGUCCUGACUUCCUUGGCGUGGGUCUGUGCUUGGUGAGGAGAUGAACGCGAAGCGGCCCGCCGAUCUGGGCCCAGCGCGGCCAAUGAAGAAGGGAAAGAAGCAGGUAGCGGCGGAAAUUUCGGACGCUGUCACGGAAGAAACAGUGAGGAAGCAGGUGGCUGAGGCCUGGAGCCGCCGGACACCCUUCAGCCAUGAAGCUAUUGUCUUGGACAUGGAUCCUUUUCUUCACUGUGUAAUCCCAAACUUCAUCCAAAGCCAAGACUUCCUGGAAGGACUUCACAUGGAACUUUUGAGCCUGGACUUCCAUGAAAAGUACAAUGAUUUAUAUAAGUUCCAGCAGUCUGAUGAUUUGAAGAAGAGAAAAGAGCCUCACAUCUCAGCUUUAAGGAAACUUAUGUUUGAAGAUUUUCGGGACUGGCUUUCUAAGGUUUCCAGCAUUGACCUAGAACCAACUAUUGACAUGUCCUGUGCUAAAUACGAGUUCACUGAUGCUCUGCUCUGCCAUGACGAUGAGCUGGAGGGGCGCAGGAUCGCCUUCAUUCUGUACCUGGUUCCUUCCUGGGACAGGAGCUUGGGGGGCACCCUGGACCUUUACGACACUGAUGAACACUUUCAGCCAAAGCAGAUUGUCAAGUCUCUUACCCCUUCGUGGAACAAACUCGUUUUCUUUGAAGUAUCUCCAGUGUCCUUCCACCAGGUGUCUGAAGUUCUGUCUGAAGAAACAUCACGUUUAUCUAUAAGUGGCUGGUUUCAUGGUCCUUCGUUAGCCAGGCCUCCCACCUACUUUGAGCCCCCAAUUCCUCGACACCCUCACAUCCCACAAGACCAUGAGAUUUUGUAUGAGUGGAUCAACCCUGUUUAUCUGGAGAUGGAUUAUCAAAUGCAAAUUCAAGAAGAAUUUGAGGAAAGGUCUGAAGUUCUCCUGAAGGAGUUUCUUAAGCCUGAGAAAUUUGCAAAGGUCUGUGAAGCCUUGGAGAAAGGAGGUGUGGAAUGGAAUAGCCGUGGUCCCCCAAACAAAAGGUUCUAUGAGAAAGCGGAAGAAAGCAGUCUCCCCAAUAUACUGAAGGAGUGCAUGGGCUUGUUCCACUCCGAGGCACUCUUUUUGCUGCUCUCCAACUUCACCGGUCUGAAACUCCACUUCUUGGCCCCGUCAGAAGAUGAUGAGAUUGAGGGAAACGGGGAGGGAGAAGCAGCCUGUGCUGCUGACGGCACUGAAGAAGGGACUAGCCAAAGCCCCUCAGGGCCCAAGAAUAAACAGGCAGCUAUUGGCAGUCACAGUCAAGAGAGUGGUGAACAGACAGACCUGGAAGCACAGGAAGAUGAAGCAAAGAAAGAAUCAGGUGUUCCCAUGUGCCAGGGGGAGCUGAGGCGUUGGAAGACUGGUCACUACACUUUAGUCCAUGACAACAGCAAGACUGAAUUUGCCUUGGACCUGUUUCUCUACUGUGGCUGUGAAGGCUGGGAGCCAGAGUAUGGCGGCUUUACCUCCUACAUCGCCAAAGGUGAAGAUGAAGAGCUGCUCCUAGUGAAUCCAGAAAACAAUUCUCUGGCAUUGGUCUACAGAGAUAGAGAAACUCUGAAAUUUGUGAAGCACAUUAACCACAGAAGCCUAGAGCAACAGAAAACCUUCCCAAACAGAAGUGGUUUCUGGGACUUUGCAUUCGUCUAUUAUGAGUAAUAAGAUUGGGCAAAGCCAGCUGGCAUUCAUCAGUGCUGGGAAACCUGGGGUCUUCGUGGAGUGCAGGAAAGAAAGCAUGCAGGCUAACAGGGCCUUCUAACAGGCUGUCCUUACUGGCUGUGCAGCUGCACACCUGUAAUGCAGCCUUGGGGGGCAGAGGAAGGAGGACCCCAGUAAACUGGUCAGUGUGGUCUAUACAGUGAGACCCCAAAACAAAACAAAUCUUGGUCAUCCCAUUUAUGGAACUCAUGAUUGUCCUCAACCUAGACAUUGGCCUCCAGGUAUGUACUUAUCCUUGGUUGGUUUGUUUUUUAAGCCCCUCCCCCCAACCCCCAUUGAAUUCUUUUGGUUCUACAGUGACCGCCUUAGCAACUUCUAACUUUGGUGAUUUUUUUUUUCUUGUGGUAAAAUAUAUAUAACAAAAUGUAG